AGACAACGGUGACGUCACAUGAAUGGUGGGCUUGUGUAGCGAAAGGAGCGGCAUGACACUGUCAGAAACAGUUAUACGACACCAUUGAAGCUUUGUACUGAUGGAUAACAGAAAGCGCCAUGAUGAAAGAUAUUGAUUCAAGAGAGAGAGUUCAGGAUGGCACAUGGUGUGCAGGGGCACAGAAUGAUGAGGAGGAGGAAGAUGAGGAGGCGAGCCCUAUUAGAGCCAGUUUCUCAAUCGAGGACUUGCUAGAUGAGGUGGAGAAGAUCAGCAGUGUUGCCAGUAGCAGCAAAAAGGUGGAGAUUGUAGUGAGACUAUGGAAAAAUGGCUUCACAGUAAAUUAUGAAGAUUUACGCAGUUACUAUCUGGAGGAAAACCAAAAAUUCUUGGACGCCAUUAAGAGAGGGGAGCUGCCGCUGGAAUUAGAAGAAAGAGCCGAAGAUGAAGAACUAGAAGUCAAUGUAGAGGACAUGAAAGAUGAAGUUUAUGUCCCAAAGAAGAAGGCCUUCCACCCGUUUACAGGCAGAGGUUACAGACUAGGAAGUGUGGCCCCACGAGCUGAAGUAACCUCCCUUCAGAUCUGGCUGGCCGACGGUCGCCGUCUUGUACAGAGGUUUAAUUUAUCCCAUCGGAUCAGCGAUGUACAGGAUUUUGUGGAGCAGGCCCAGAGAACAAAUGCUCCGUUCAUCCUGACUACAUCCCUGCCAUUCCGCGAGCUAAGAGAUGAGGGCCAGAGUUUGGAGGGAGCCGACCUGUCUAAUGCUGUCAUCGUUCAAAGGCCGAUCAACUCACAAGCUCCGUUUGGUCACUCCUGACUGUUUCUGCUUGAACCAGAGACUCAAAUCUACUGGUUCCAUCAACCUUUGGGCAACAUUUCACAAACCUGAUUCUUCAAUUAGGGGAACUUUUCUGUCCCCUAGGAUCAUUUUAAAUAAAAAGAAAAUGCUAAAAAAGUCUAGUUUGGAAGGAUAGGUUAUAAUGGUUUUAAACUUUAAAGGAAUGUUCAGGGUUCAAUACAAGUUAAGCUCAAUCAACAGCAUUUGAAGCAUAAUGAAUGCAUUAAGACAUUUGCAAUGGAAGUAAAUGGGAUGGUCCAUUAACAUUAAAAUACAAAUUGUUUCAAAAGUAUAGCCACAUGAUGUAAACAUUGUAUGUGCUAACUUGAUUUAAGUGUCUUAUAAUCAUGUACAGGGUUCACAGGUAUUGUAUUGUCAUGGCAACAAAGUAGCAAUAUUGGAUAUAACAUUACUCUGAUGAUGUAAGCAAGCAACUUUAUCACACUAAAACCAUAUGAGCAUGUAUAAUGUUUACAUUACGUCUUUUGGCUAUACUUUUGAAAAUGUUUGUUUUAAUGUUUAUGGACUGGCCCAAUUCACUUCCAUUAAUUUGAUAAAAAAUGUAAAUAAAAUUUUAAAGUAUUUUGGUAGAAAUCAGCAUUAUGCCUCAGAUGUUGCUGUUGUUACUAAUUUUCCCCCAAACAUUGUUUAUCAACAAUUUUAAUAGGUUUUUUCACCAUCAUACAUUUGUUAUACACUAUUUAUGUGUAUAAUGAUUUUAUUUGAAUAUAUCUAAAUAAAAAUCACACUAUUUAAGUUGUCAAACGUGCCCUUAAUUGAAGAAUCACCCAUUUACAUCCCAAAUUGACAGAGCCCGCCCCCUUCAUUCUUCUGAUUUUCUUGGUUCUUAUGACUAUAAAUGGCCACUCUUUACAAGUGUCAAUACACAUAGCUUUAACACUUGAAUCCAUCAUAGUAAAUGAAUGAAAGAAGAUUACUCUUAUCUCAGAGCUGGAUACCUUGGCCUUUUCUGAUCCAAUGCAGUAUGCGCAAGCCAAGUCUAUAACCUUCACGACUGUUAAUGUUUACAUAUAGAUCCAUAAAGAUGUUAGUUUACCAUGAUGCUUAAUUCUGUUUUUUGUUGUGCACUUAUGCAACAACCUUUUGUAGUCCAUGCUGUAAUAUCAUGAUGUGAACUGAUAAGUUAUAAAUGUCAAAUAUUUUAUGCACUUUGCAUAUGACAGAGGGCUUUUGUUGACAGACUCUUGCAAUAAAAAUACAGAAGAUGGGAAGAUUAAUUUUCUGAUUUUAAGGGGGGUGAAUUGGGUUUGAAUAUGUCAUAAUGCACAAGCUGACAAGUACAAAUAUUAGGGGUAAAUCUAGACUUUCCGACCCAUAUCCAGUCUUUUGGAUCGUUCUUCACAAGGAAUGACCAAUUAUGUCUUUUAAAUAUUUUAUAAGGGAGACGCUUAUGGGGAGAUGGUUAGUCUUUAGCCUAGUCUAGUUGUAGGUUAGUGUAUGUGAUCUUAUAAUGUUUUAAAAGAAAGAUGAAUGUCUAGGUUUGCCCAGAAGAUUUGUCAUUAAUUAAAUCAUAUCAUAAGUUGUCUUUAAACCACUUUCUACUGCCAAUCUCACAUCGCAUUUAUCACAGUAUAAUCAAUAAACCAUGCAAGACAUGAAUGGAAUUAUUAUUCUAACCCCCACCAUUGCUCCCAA